CUUCUUUACAAAGCAGGAGUCGCGUCAUAUAUACGCUCCAAUACUAGCCUAUAUAAACCGGAGAAAAGAGGAGGAAAAAGAAAAGAAAAAAGAAAAAGAAAUACCCGCCAAAAGUUUAGAAACUUCUUUAGCAGUAAACUACACGAAUUCUCGAUUACGGGUCUAGAUUCUUUUGUUAGCCGCCAUCUUUAAUCCACUAAAAUGCCUGAAGAUUCUUACACAGAGCGACCUUUGUUUGGCGGUGCAAUCACUACCAGUUUCCCUCUUCGAUUUCAGGAUGUGAGCAAUAUUCGUCAAGUUCCUGAUCAUCAGGAGGUAUUCGUGGACCCUGCUCGUGAUGAAAGCUUGAUCUUUGAGCUUUUGGAUUUUAAGCAUGACAUUGGCGAUAAUGGAAGUGCUACCUGGUUUCUUCAAGACCUUGCUAAUGAACAAGAUGCUGAAGGAUGCACGCUAAUUGAGCAAUCAGGAGUAGUUGAGGCCCCUGGCUUGCUUUACAGAGACAAUCCAACUGUUGUUUCUACUGCUGUGGGACAAAUGAAUAUUUCCAAGGGAAGACAAGGAAGGGAAGCACAAAAUGUUGUAAGGGUUUAUUUGGCAAAUAUACGUCUUAAGGGAGUUAGCUCAGAUGUGCUGAUAACUGCCUACGAACCUGUCCUAAUACAUCCUUUGAGUGAAACUGCUAGAACAGUUGGUGCUGGUAUGGCAAUUCCUGCUGCACAAUCUGGAUUCCUGCCAAUGUCUGAGGUCUUUAAGCUUGCUGUCUCUACCUUCAAAGUGAAUGACUGGAAUCUUUUUGGCAGUGCUGCUGUCUGAAUAUGUUCCAUGGAGCAGCUUCUCCAAAGCCAUACAAAGGUAUAUUGUCUGCUGUUCUGUCGUAUUAAUGUAUUUGCAGGUGUUGAGUUGAGGACUACUAUUUUGCAUGUAUUCCUUUUUAUUUUUUUCUGUAGUGCUGCCUGCUUCAGGUUUAUUGUAUUUAUUUCAAUUGUUUUGUGGAGGUUUAUAGUUAUUUUCACAUAAUAUUGUGAUGCUUAAAUUCUUUCUUUCUUAUAGAUGUAAUUGGGAGCCUAACGGCUUUCAUAGGUUAUAUUUCAA